AUGCUCGCGAAAGACGGCGAGCUCGCGCUGCUCGAGAGCCGCGGACGCGUCUGCCGCGAGGCGAUCGACACCUUCACCGGCGACCCCAAGGGAUGGGACGAGACGCUGGGCAGUGAUGGCACCAAGGUGUCUUCGCGCAUCCGGCCGAUGGAGGGGCCCAACAACAUGAUCGACAUCAAGGUUGAGGCGGAGCUCGACGACAUCCGGUGCGAGCACACCCUCUACUGCUUCCGCGAGGGCGAUCUCUACCCGAGCUGGUUCCCCUACGUCUCGCACGGCGCUUUCGUCAUCAUCCACCUCGUGUUUGAGAUUGCGCUGUACGGCAUCAUGGACGUGUGCAUCCAGGGCUUUGGGUGCGACAACCUGCGGGACGGCAACUUUUUGCUGUGCGUGCGGCAUUGCGGGAAGGAGGACGCGCGCGCGCUCGCGGGCAGCGAGGUGGAGCUGCCUCCCAAGCCGAGCAGCGCCGGCAAGCUCUUCAAGCUCGGCCGCGUCAAGGCCGUGAUCGACGUCAUGGUUGAGCCGCUCUCGCCGACGUCGGUGCGCUUCUCGUACUCGUGCUCGCAGCCCAUCCCGAAGCUGGCGCCCUCGUGGAUCGUCAGCAUGGUGAUGAAGCGCGGCAUGGGCGACAUCUUUGCGCGGAUGAAGGCGGCCUGCCGCGCCAUGGCCAGCGGCGACGCGCGCGCCGCUGCAAAGUACCCCAUCGUCAAGCGCAUACGUUCGCCAGCGUACGCCCAUGUGAUCGACGACAUCGCUGGCCGGGUGAAGGGGUACCUGAACAAAGAGUGA